AUGGGUAGCCUACUCCUAGAUCAAAUUAAAAAGCAGACAACAAAUUUUCUACAAGAAAAGUACAAAUCUGCUAGGAUGACAUUUACAGACGUUACAGGAGCUGAAUUGCUAGCUGAGGAAGCAACAAAUAAGGAUGAUUGCAGCCCGGAUGCCAAAACAAUGACUAAAAUUGCUGAGGCAUCUUUUAAUAUUGAUGAAUAUUGGAGGAUUGUUGAUGUUCUUCAUAGAAGGUUGUACAAUGUUGAUUGGGAACAAUGGAGGCAAUCUUACAAAGCACUAGUUCUUCUAGAAUUCAUGCUCACCCAUGGUCCUAUAGAUUUUGCUCAAGAAUUUCAAUGUGAUGCGGAAAUUAUUGAAGAACUAGGAAAUCUUACUCAUAUUGAUGAUAGAGGGUUUAAUUGGGGAUGUAGAAUGCAAAACCUAUCAAACGAAAUACUAAGACUUUUACAAGGUGGAGAAGGUCUAAAAGAGGCACGUUUGAAAGCACUAAAAAUAACAACUGAAAUACAAGGUUUUGGAGGUUCAUUAAGCUCUCCAUCAUCAAGAACAACAUCACCUAGUUCAUUAUCUUCUGAUCAAUUAGCAUCGCCAGGAUCUUCAUCAUUUUCUUCAUUUUCUUCCUCAGGCACUCCUAAUAAUAUGCCACAGAAGAAUAAUGUGGAUGAAAAGCACCUUUGGGAUGGUCCAGCAAUUGAAGAGAUUUUGAUUGAUUCCGAUGAUGAUAAAGAUGGAGAAAUGGGAAAACCAAAAGGAUUUGUUAGUGAAAUGUGUUCAAAGAUUAUUGGUGGUAAUGAUCGUGAAAAGAUUGAAUUUAGAUGCAUCUCUGAUGUUGGGAGGAAGGUUACUAAAAAAAGAUAUGAUCGACAAUAUUCACUUUGGUUUUAA